AUGUUGAAAUUCAUGGGUGCAAAACGAAAAGAAAGAGAUAAAAUUCGUAAAAGUGAGGAAGGUGAUAAGAAAUGGUGGAAAUUCGGUAAUAAAUCAAAAAUAAAACCAAUGCGACAACUUGAUAUCCAACAUAAUGUGAAAUUAAAUAACAAUUAUGAAUUGGAGUCGGAGAGUUACGAUAUGAACAAAUAUUAUGAUCGAGAUAACAAUCAUUACAGACGUCAUCACUAUGAUGACAAUUUCCUUCUGCGAAAUGAUCAACUUAUAGCAAGUGAAUCAACACGCGACUCUUUGGAGUCAAGUGAAAUUUCAUCUGAUGCGUUUUCAAAUAGUUUUCGACCAAACUAUAAUAACUUUAAUAAUAUAACUCAGCACAUCCAAAAUAACAACAAUAAGAUUACAAUCAUCAUAAAGCACAAUGAGGAUGCACCAGUGAAACCCCAUAUGGCGCCGCAUGUCAUUUACAUUCAGCCUGCAGCUACUAGUCAACCAAAUCUCCAAUAUAAACAUGUAAAUCAAUCGAACACUGAUAUUGAAUUGCCACAGGCUUACAAUAGUUUGGAUGAUCUCGAUUCGGAAGAACAUUACCAGUUUUAUGGAGAACGUGCAAUUGAUGUGCCUGAUGACUUCAAACGUGAUUCUUAUCUCGUAUUAAAUUUCAAUAAUACAGCGAAUAAGAAACUGAAGAGAAGAAUUUGUACACCCACCAGAAAUUUAUUACCAUUUCAAGAUCUCGACUACACGUUACCAAAUCAAACAGAUUACAGAAGAAAUUUUAACCACAAAGUCAUUGAUAAUCAGACAAAUCAGAGGCACCAACAGACCGUAGAGAAACUUACUCAGCAGCACUCGACACCAAGUAACAAAAUACUCAGCCAGAAAGCGCCAGUGAUUGAACCAAAGAACACAAAAACUUUUGCCACUCAGAAGAAAUUACUCAACGAAUAUUACAACUGGGACGUGGUCUUCCCAUCGACGACAAUUCAUCGGAAUUCCAUCUUAUAUCGUGAUGCAGCUCAGAACGAAUCGUUUCGUAAGAAAUUGAAAAUAAUGAGUGACAAAAUGAUGACAAUGGGUGGAAGGGGACAGUUAGGGAAUGAUUUUGGUGGAUCAACUAAAGAAUUAUCACCUCGUAAAGUAAACAGUAACACAUUAUUAAAUGAUAGCAAACUUGCCAGAAGUGAAAUCAGUUUAGAAUUUAUAAAGAACGAAAGAUCUAGUGGAAAGUUAUCAUCGUCAUUGAUAAAUCUUAUCACAAUGCCGUUUAGUUGGAGAUCACGUCAAGUGACAAACAAAAGUGAGAUCAACAAAGAUAAGAAGAAACCAAAUAUGCUGAUGAACUUAUUCAAGAAGAGACGAGUUAUGUGCAAUGAAAAGUAA